AUGUACUCCUCGUCGAAUAAUUUCCUCGGGGGUGGUGCCGGUGGCCGUCCCGGCCAGGCACCAUUCAUGCAACAGCAACAACAGCCCCCCUAUUCGCAAUUCUCACAAGGUCAACAACAGCCAUCGAUGCAACAACCCCAACCGACUGGGUUUGCUCAGCAGCCUACAGGUAUUGCUCCACAGCAGACCGGAUUCGCCGGCCAGCCCUCCCCGUUCGGUAACUCGCAGCUACAGCCUCAAGCUACCGGAUUCCCCGCGGGGCAGAUCCAGCCGCAAUUCACUGGCUUCCCCGGCGCUGCGACUCAGCAACCCCAGCAGCAGCAAGCGCAAAGCUUCCAACAGCAGUACACUGGAUUCCCUCCCCAGAACCAGGCGCAGCAGCCGCCACCGGUGCCACAGAUACCAACUCGCUUCAAGACCUCCUCCGAUAUCGCGAACUCCUUCCAAGGUGCUCCUGGCUCUGGGGCACCCCCUCAGGUGCCGCCAAAGUCUGGGUCAAAGAUUCCAAGCAUUCGGCUUUCUUUCAUCACGGCGCAGGAUCAGGCGAGAUUCGAGCAGCUCUUCAAGUCUGCUGUUAGCGAUAGCAAGACAAUGGAUGGUGGGUCUUGUUUCCAUGUGCCCAAUGGGCCACAUCUCAAAGGCUUGUAUGCCAGCGAGAAAGCAAGAGAUCUUUUGCUGCGAUCCAAGUUGCCGGGCGCCGAUCUUUCUAAGAUCUGGGUCUUGUCUGAUACCACUAAAUCCGGACAGUUGUUCUUCCCUGAAUUUGCAUUGGCCAUGUACCUCUGCAAUCUCCGUAUCACUGGCCGUGAGCUGCCUUCUUCCCUACCCGAGACGAUCAAGAACGAGGUUUCCAGCAUGGUUGACAUCAUCUCGUUUGAUGUCCCCGAGGAGCCGGUCCAACAGCGAACAAACGUUCCCAACUUUGAUGCGCCUCUCAUGGAGAGCAAGUCGACGCCCCCAGUUGUUCAACAGCCCGUCCCGCAGCAACCGAACAACGCCCAGCUCCUGUCGCAGCUGACAGCACAGCCUACUGGGUUCUUCCCACAACAGACAGGUAUCCAGCAACCCAACCAAAACCAGUCUCAGUUCCUUCAGCCUCAACAGACUGGAUUCAUGGGCAACCCGCAGGCUACUGGAUAUACCGGCCCCCGGCCCCCGAUGCCGCCUAUGCCUACUGGUUACGGGUCGGCACAAACCGGUGGAAUGCAAGGCCUGACGGCGCAACCUACAGGCAUUCCAGGUCAAUGGGGAUUCAUCAAUACACCAGCACAGGGUUUGCCCAACAUUGAAGCUAUGAAACAGCAGCUUAUGCCGCAGCCUGGGCGUGAAGGUGGUUUCAGUGCUGUUGGUCUUUCAGGAAAUGCUACGGUUGCCUGGGCAAUUACAAAGGAGGAGAAGAAGAUUUACGACGAUCUUUUCCGCGCAUGGGACGGUUUCCGUAAGGGCUUCAUCAGUGGUGAGACUGCCAUCGAGAUCAUGGGUCAAAGUGGGCUGAAUAGAAAAGACCUGGAACGGAUCUGGACCCUGGCUGAUCCCCAUAACCGCGGCCGACUGAACAUGGAUGAGUUCGCCGUGGCUAUGCACAUGAUCUACCGUGCUCUGAACGGAUACGCAGUUCCAAACCGCCUACCACCCGAGCUUGUUCCUCCUUCUACAAGAAACUUGAAUGACUCUAUCGGUACAGUCAAGUCCCUUCUUUCUCAGGAUGCUGAAAAUCGCAAGGCUAGUGGGGCGUUCCUGCAGCCACAGAAAACUGGUGUCAGCUACCUCAAAGAUCACUCCUUCCGUGGUGGCGCAGGAGGCUCUGCUGGUGCCAGCCGUAAGGAUGCGACGAUGUUCAAGAACAAUGAUUCCGCUGGUGGAUACCGCUCCAGUGCACGUCGUCGCGUUGGUAACGAGGCUCGUACCCCGUCACCGUCCGCCUCUGGCGCUUCAGAGGAAGAGUAUUCUGUGGAACAGCUCCAAAAGAAGAUCCGCGAGGCCAAAGUGAUGAUUGACGCUGCCGACUUCCAGGACGAGAACCGAGCCGAGGAUGAUGAUGUUCUAGACCGCCAGGAUCGCCGCGAGGCAGAAAGUCUCAUGGACCGUAUCCGUCGUGUACAGGACGAUCUCGAUACUCACCCCAAUGCCGCACUCCGUCAAGUGGACAGUGGUGCAGAGCGCAGGGCUCUUCGUCGCCAACUGCAGUCCUUUGAAGACCAAGUUCCUCAGGUUGCAUCUGACGUGCGUCGUCUUGAGCGUGAAAUCGCGGAGGCGAAGCUUGAGCUCUUCCGUCUCAAGGACGCCAAGGCACAUCCUGGAGGCGCCUCUAACAUCAUUGGCACUGGCCCUGGCGGCACUGUGACUGAGGCAGAUCGGAUCAAGGCCCGCGCGCGUGCGCGUAUGCAAGCCCGGGCUGCCGAGCUUUCAGGGCGCCCCGCACCCGCGACGGAAGAUGACGAUGGCCAAGCAGCUCGUCGUCUGGAGUCUGAGAGCACUCACGUGAAGAUGGAGCGGGAGCGCAACGAGACUAUGACUCGUGAUGUCGAGGAAAGUGUCCGUGAUUUCGCUCGCAGUUUGGAAGACAGCCUCCGGGAAGAAGGCCAGAACUCCACACGUGAGCAUGAGAAGCGUCGUUGGGAAGAUGCAUUGGGAGUUGAGGACACUAUCCGCGACUUCAUCUACGAUCUCAGCCGCAAUGCGCGAACUGCAAAUGUUCGCAAAGAAGAGCGAGGACGACGUUCCCCGGAGGUUUCUUCUCGAGCAUCUCCAGCUGCCGAAUCUCACGCUGCACGUCCUUCAAUGCCCAAGUCUGUGGACUCGUCAAGCUCUCUUCCUGGUGGUACACAUGAAGAUCGUGUGGCGGCUGCUCGGGAGCGUGCACAGAAGCGCAUUGCUGAGCGCAUGGCUGCUGCUGGUUUGAAGCCGAAUGACGCUACUGAGACUCUUGCGCAACGCCAGGAGCGUGAGAAGAAGGAGCGCGAAGAACGUGUCAGACGCGCCGAGGAAGAAGAUGCUAAGCGAGAACAGGAGAGACAGCGUCGCCUGGCCGAGGAACGGGGUGGUCCUACUGAGGCAGCUCCCAAGACUGCGGGCAAGAAACCUCCUCCAGCACCGCCCACCCGCAGGGCCCGGGCAGAUAGUGCUGGUCAAGCCGAUGCUAAGAAAGAAGAGGAAUCCACUAAAGUGGAUCAGGGUGCCCGUGAGCAGGCUAUCAAGCAAGAACAAGAGGUGCAGGAGGCAGAGACCAAGCGUCUAGAGAGCGAGGCAAGCCAACGCGAGCAGGAGUUCCAACGGGAGAAGGAUGCUCAAGCUGCUCGACUUCGUGCUCUAGAGGAACAGGUCCGCCAGGGCAAGAUCAAGAAGCAGGAAGAGAAGCGCCGCAGGGAAGAGGCUAGCCGACAUGCCAAAGAACAGGAAGCUAGUCUUGCAGCCCAACGAGCUGAACUGGAGGCGGCUAAGGAACGUGAGCGACAGCUGCAACUUGAACUCGAGGGACUUGAAGACUCAUCGUCCGAUGACGAAGGCCCUGCCGAUAUCACGCCUCAGUUCAGCACCCCGACGCAGAGCCAAAUUCUCCCUCCCCAGCCUCCCGUGCCCGCGAUGACUGAACCUCCCACCCCCGAAAGCGUGCCCAGUGAAGUGGGCUCCCCUGAAAGCAGCCGUAGUGUUCCUGCCGCCACGCCCGAUGCCGAGUCCAAGAACCCAUACUUCAAGAACAUGGGUCAGCCAUCCGACCCCAUUCAAGCAGCUUCGCCGCCGGCCACCGCUCAGUCUACGAACCCCUUCCACCGCAUGGUGCAGCAAGAACCUAUCAAGCCCACCUUCACCGGUGCAGCCCCCCUGGAACGCAAGACUCGUGUCCGCCCUGAGGAAGACGAUGACUGGUCCGCUGCCGGCUCCGACUUCGAUUCGUCUGACGAUGAGGACGACGGUCCAACCGGCGGCAGCGCCAAACAACUUGCCAGCAUCUUGUUCGGUACUAUGGCGCCCCCACGUCCUCUGAGUGCCAUGGAUGAAGAGAAGCCUACCUCGAAAUCCGCUACCCCGGUACAAGACACCCCUGUUGCACCUCCACCCCCGCCCCCAGCAGCUUUGCCUCCUGUCCCUGCUAUUCCUACCUCCGGCGAUUCCACCUCCCCACCAGCCGCACCAUCUGGAGUCCCUCCCCCUCCCCCGCCUCCACCUCCUCCCCCAGGAGCCGGUGCUCCUUCUAUGCCCCCGCCCCCGCCUCCUGGCGGAGCCUCCUCUAUUCCCCCGCCACCCCCUCCGACUGGCAUCCCGCCUCCACCUGCUCCUCCAGCCGCGGCCGGUGCUCCUGGUGACCGAGGCGCCCUCCUUGCGUCCAUCCAGCAAGGCAGGACCCUGAGGAAAACUCAAGUGAACGACCGUAGCACAAGCUCGUCGGCCGGACGCGUGCUGUGA